AAUCGACCACAAACGACCAUCAGCAGUCGGGUCGCAACGUCUAAACUCUUGCAACUCUCACUCUCUCCUACUCUCAACCACUACCCCCCCGCGCCCAUCAUGCCGGUGGCAACAGUCACCACCAGCGCCGCGGGCUCCCUCGCCCUGCUCAAGGACGACGACCGCGACGUCCGCGUCUACGCUCUCGAGUACCUCCUCUCCAUCGUGCCCCAGUUCUGGGCAGAGAUCUCCGAGGAGCUCCCUUACAUUGAAUCCCUUGCCGACCCCCAGGUGUCGGAGCUGCCUGCUGAGGCACGCCCGCUCGCUGCGCUGCUCUGCUCCAAGGUCUUCUUCUACCUCGGCGAGCGUGACGAGGCUGUCGAGUUCGCCCUGCGCGCAUCGGCUGCCUUUGAGAAGGAGCCAUACGGCGAGUUCAAGGAGACCAUCAUUGCUGGCUGCGUCGACCGCGCCAUUGCCGACACCAACGCCGGCAACAAGGUCGACUCGCGCCUCGAGGAGAUUGUCGACGGUGUGAUUAGACAAGGAUCGAGUGAUGGUGCCAAGCUGGCUAUCGGCCUUGCCCUCUCCCUCCGCCGCCUCAACCUCAUCGAGGCCAUCUACCUCCAGUCGACCGCGCCUUCCGAGGCCUCCUCCUCCAAGGCUGUGGAGCGCAAGUCGGCCGACGGCAUCCUCCACGACGAGGGACUUCUGCGCUACAUCCUCGCCGAGACCAUUGGUGGUGCGGGUGGCAGCGACGCGUGGCCAGACUCGUUCCGACGAGACCUCCUGGCGCUCCUCCUCAAGCUCUUCCAGCGCACCACGCCCUCCGACUACAACUCGAUUACCCAAAUUUGGGUUCAGCUGGGCGACGCCGCCGCCGCUGGUGCCGGCAUUGUCGACCUCAUGAACAAGGGUGGAGACCGCGGACGCCUCGAGGCGUACCAGAUCGCCUUCGACGUCACCGACAUGGCUCCCCAGAGCUUCCUGGAGACCUUGAGGACCAAGGUUGCCGAGAGCGGGUGGGGACCUGACGGCACGUCGGGAACCGAAGAGGAGCGUACCAACCUCGAGGAGAUCCUGAACGGCUCCCGCAUCGCCGAGCUGUCGAUCAACUUCCUCAAGAAGCACAACCAGACCGACAUGUCCAUCCUCAAGGUCACAAAGGACUCGCUCGAGGACCGCUACUCGAUCUACCACUCUGCCAUCACCUUCACCAACGCCUACGCCCACUGCGGUACCACCUCGGACCGCUUCCUCCGCGAGAACCUCGACUGGCUUGGCAGAGCCUCCAACUGGGCCAAGUUCUCGGCGACUGCUGCCCUCGGCCUCAUCCACCGUGGCUCGUACAUCAACGGCGUUCGCGUUGUCAGGCCAUACCUCCCCGGCGGAGCUGCUCCAUCCAAGUUUAGCGAGGGUGGUGCUCUGUUUGCGCUGGGUCUCAUCUACACUGGCAGGAAGGAGGGAGCUGAGGCCGAGCUGAGGAAGGGACUGUCCGACGUCAACGACCCCAUCGUCCAGCACGGUGCGGCCCUUGGUCUCGGUGUCUCUGCUCUUGCUACUGGCGAUGAGGACAUCUACGAUGAGCUCAAGGCCAUCCUCUUCCAGGACAACGCUACGUCGUCAGAGGCUGCUGGUUACGCAAUGGGCCUGGUCAUGCUCGGCCAGCCCAGCGAGCGUGUUCUUGACGAGCUUAUUGCCUACGCUGGCGAGACGCAGCACGAGAAGAUUGUCCGCGGUGUUGCCAUCGGUACCGCCCUCAUUAUGUACGGCAAGCGCACUGCUGCCGACUCUGUCAUCGACAAGUUCACCAAGAGCAACGACGCCAUCCUGCGCUACGGUGGCAUGUUCGUCUACGCCCUCGCCUACGUCGGUACUGGUGACAACAAGGUCAUCAAGCAGCUCCUUCACUUCGCCGUGUCCGAUGUCAACGACGACGUCCGCCGUGCCGCCGUUAUUGCCCUUGGCUUUGUUCUCUUCCGCAACCACACCCAGGUGCCUCGCAUCGUCCAGCUCCUCGCCGAGAGCUACAACCCCCACGUCCGCCACGGUGCUACCCUCGCCCUCGGUAUCUCGUGUGCGGGCACUGGUCUCGAGGCCGCCAUCGACAUGCUCGAGCCGAUGACUCGCGACCCCGUCGACUUUGUUCGCCAGGGCGCCUACAUUGCCCUAGCCAUGAUCCUCAUCCAGCAGACCGAGGCCCAGACCCCCAAGGUCAAGGAGAUCCGCGAGCUCUUCGCCAAGGUCGUCACCGACAAGCACGAGGACCCCAUGGCCCGCUUCGGUGCCUCGCUUGCCCAGGGUAUCAUCGACGCUGGUGGCCGCAACAUGACCAUCUCGCUCGCCACUCGCGCCGGUACCCCUGACAUGAAGGCCAUUGUCGGUAUGGUUCUGUUCGUCCAGUUCUGGUACUGGUUCCCUCUGGCCCACUUCCUCGGCCUCACCUUCCAGCCCACAACGAUUAUUGCUGUCGACGACAAGCUCCGUAUCCCCAAGGUUGACUUUGUCUCGUGGGCCAAGCCCUCCAAGUUCGACUACCCCUCGACUGCCAAGCCUGUCGUGGAGAAGAAGAAGGAGAAGGUCAACGCCGCUGUUCUGUCCACGACUGCCAAGCAGCAGGCUCGUCUCAAGAGCAAGAAGGCCGAGCAGGGCGAGGCUAUGGACACGGACGACAAGCCCGAGGCCUCGUCGUCCAAGACCGAGGCCAAGGACAAGGAGUCCAAGCCAACUGAGGCUCCCCAGGCCAUUGUCAGCAACAUGUCCCGCAUCACCCCCCAGCAGCUCCCCUACGUCACCGGUCCCUUCGACCCCUCGUCUGUGGCUUCGGCGUCCAAGUCGGCGGAUGCCGCUGUCUCGACGGAGGCCCUCGCUCCUCCCAAGAAGGGACGAUACCUCCCCAUCCGUGGUGUUGGCGACGCCGACGCCUUCCAGGCCGACAAGGCUGCUGCCGGUCGCGCGCGUGUCGGAUGGAGCGGCAAGAUCCUCCUGGUUUCCGACACCAAGCCCGACGCCGAGGGCGAGUACAUUGAGCUCGACGCGACCUUGUGGCCUCGUGGCGUCCAGGAGGAGCCCGCUGCCCCUGCUGCCCCAGAACCGGUUGCGGCCCCUUCAGCAGCUGCUGCCGCCGCUGCUGGAUUGAACUGGGACGGCGCGAUCCCCGCGGCAUUCGAGUACGAGUUUGAGGACUAGAGACUUUAGAGUUCUAGUUGGUGAGGCGAUCCCGUCACAGCCAUGUAGAGUGACAAGCAGCGUACGGCAGGGAGAGAGACUGUCGUCAAUGUAGAGCAGCAAAGAGCAUGUUAUGCAGCAUAUUGGGAAC